AUGAACGACCAGGAAAACCAGGCAUUUUUUCGUCACAGCAGUAGCUCUAGCAUCGCACUCGCUCCUCUUCUCAAACACCCAGCUUCCAUCAGCUCUGCCGAUGUGCAAGAGCCGCAUCAUGUGUGCCUACAGCGGCAUGACGAGUCCGGUUUUCUGUCACUGGUCCGGACGUGGUGGUUGGCACCUGCCCAUCUCUUCUGCACUAUCCUGCUAGCCUGUACGGUUCAAUGGAGCAUACGAGGGACCAUGUUUCCAGUCUACAGAAUACCGCACCGCUAUCUUACCCAAUCCGACGUCACCACGCUUCUCUCCGUUGGUCUAAAGAUCACUAGCAUUUUUACGACGGCAUGGCAGUCCAUAACGGCAUGGCGUUGCGCUUUCAUCGCCCUCGAGAAAACCGGGCUUCAGCUUUCUCAGCUAUCGAACCAGAUCUCCUUCAAGACUCCAGUGCUUCGUGGAGACAAGACGACAAAACUCCUGGGCCUUGUGCUACUGUUGGGUUGGCCCGCCCAGCUGGCUUCCCCAAUAUUAUCUGGCGCGAUAACGUGGGUUCCUACCACAAACAUGACGUAUGGGAAUAUUACGGAUCUCCAAAUCGCACGAGCUUCUGCGAAUGCGACGGACUGGGACUCUACGCCGCCUUGGUACCGCUUGGUUGCUUGGGACGACACCGGUUUCCAGCCCGCGACCAGACUCGUGCUGCUCCAAAAAGCCGCCGGGUCGACACUCACGAUACUACGCGACUCCACCAAGUACAGUUUCUCUGUCCCAAUAAAAAACCCGCGUAGGUUCACCCCGGAGGUCGAAGGUUAUACGCUUGGUAGUACCGUCCAGUCGAUCAUCAUGCCGACUUUUGAGAUCUCCAAUCUCACGUGGUUGAAAAUACGCUCAAUCCCACAAGAAAUCCAGGACGCCGUCCACAAUAAAUCCAACGCGUACUUUAAUUUCGGUGACCCCGAUUACAGACCGAAUCCGCCGGUUGUCGGGUUAAUUCGAAAACCAAACAUCGGGCCUUUGAGUAGCCAUACACUUCCUCCAAACUCGAGUGUCAACGAAAACACUUAUGCUGUGUAUCGAGCCGUUCGAUACCCAAACCACGGGAACUUGACCAAUUGCUCUUCGGAGGCUUUUGACGGUCGGCCCAGUCACCUUCCUGACGCUGAAUAUCUGUGGGUAAAUGGGGAGACACAUGUAACGGAUUGCUAUGCCGUUGCAGGCCUCCACAUCAACGCUGGCGUCGUCGCAUGCCAGAGUUCGAGGGCCACUCUAGUCGCACCAUCUGUACUAGAAUGCAUACCUCAUCCCGGAGAAGAUCAAUUUCAAGUUCUGUCAGAUCCAUUGACACAGUAUUCUCUCUCGGCCAUUACGGGAACGAUUUCCUGGCUCGAUUCGCUGGAUGUAAUGACCGCAUGGAGCUCUACCGCUGACACUGCCAUUGCGGCUACUAUAUCGAUCGCUAUCGAGAAUGGACUAAGGGCGGCGUACGAGGGCUUCUGGAGCGCCCUUACCAACUCCCUGAGUAGUACGACAGACCCGAAGAUAACAAUCGACGAGAGUGCGUCUGCCGUCAUUGCUAGUGUCGCUACAUGGAGAGUCAUUCUUUGGGCCGCACUGAACACCUUACUAACUUUCGCGAGCAUUCUUCUAUGGAGAGUACAAUCCAGCUGUAUACGGCCUCCGGUCAAGAAUCCAGUUCUGACUUCAAUACUGCUCGACUCGUCCAAAGUGAUCGAAGAAGUCGGGGUAGGGCUGUGCAACGCGAAUCGGCUGACCAAAAACGACGAUGGGCGAGGUAGACUUCGGUUGCGGUGCAUCGACCGAUCUGAUCCUCAUUGGUAUCACGAUCAGCUGGAAAUGGAGUAAUCCUUUCGUCCUACACCAUGUAAUUUGCUAGAUCUUUUAAUCUAUCAAUCGAAUCGUCAGGAAGAGCGUCUUCGCAAGUCUGCUAGUCCCAAAACCUCUAAGCAGCAUAUAAGUGAUACCUGCUGUACCACGGCCUCCG